AUGCGGGCUAGCAUCCACAUCAAGUGCAAAAUUAUCUUAAGGACGUCCGGCUGCCCCCUAUCCUUUGUUCUAGCCUGUACAAUCCUAGGACUAACGAAUCACAUACGCUUUCUACCACGCGAAUACAUGGACCGGGAUUCUCAUAGAUACUUCAGGCCAGAAAUGUCCAUCGCUCGUGCUGCUCGCAACCGAAGGAAUAAAUGA